AGCCCGGGCGGCGUCGAGCGGGGCGAGGGGCGCGGGCUGGAGCCGCUGCCCACCGGCCCCAGAGCCGGGGAGGGCUGCGGGAAGGGCUAGUGCGAGCUCGCCUGUGCGAGGAGCCGCGCCGCAACCAUGGGGAACCGCGGGAUGGAGGAUCUCAUCCCGCUGGUCAACCGGCUGCAGGACGCCUUCGCCGCCAUCGGGCAGAAUGCCAACCUCGACCUGCCGCAGAUCGCCGUGGUGGGGGGGCAGAGCGCCGGCAAGAGCUCCGUGUUGGAGAAUUUCGUCGGGAGGGACUUUCUGCCACGUGGAUCUGGCAUUGUAACCAGGCGCCCACUGGUCCUUCAGCUGGUAAAUGCCAGCACAGAAUAUGGUGAGUUCCUACACUGCAAAGGAAAGAAAUUCACCGAUUUUGAGGAGGUCCGUUUGGAGAUCGAGGCUGAAACAGAUCGUGUUACUGGCUCCAACAAAGGGAUUUCCCCUGUGCCCAUCAAUCUCCGAGUCUACUCUCCCCAUGUCCUGAACCUGACCUUGGUGGAUCUGCCGGGUAUGACCAAAGUCCCUGUAGGGGAUCAGCCCCCUGACAUCGAGUUCCAGAUCCGAGACAUGCUCAUGCAGUUUGUCACCAAAGAGAACUGCCUCAUCUUGGCAGUAUCCCCAGCCAACUCUGAUUUGGCCAAUUCUGAUGCCCUGAAGAUUGCAAAGGAGGUGGAUCCUCAAGGCCAACGCACCAUUGGGGUCAUUACCAAGCUGGAUCUUAUGGAUGAAGGGACUGAUGCACGAGAUGUAUUAGAAAACAAAUUGCUUCCCCUCCGUAGGGGUUACAUUGGUGUGGUCAACAGAAGUCAGAAGGACAUAGAUGGCAAGAAGGACAUUCAGGCAGCUCUGGCUGCAGAGAGAAAGUUUUUUCUCUCCCACCCAGCCUACAGACACAUGGCUGAUCGUAUGGGAACCCCAUUCCUGCAGAAAGUACUGAACCAGCAAUUGACCAACCACAUCCGUGACACGCUGCCGGGGCUGCGGAACAAGCUCCAGAGCCAGCUCCUCUCCAUUGAGAAGGAGGUGGAGGAGUACAAGAACUUUCGCCCUGAUGACCCUGCUCGCAAGACCAAAGCUCUGCUUCAGAUGGUCCAGCAGUUUGCUGUGGACUUUGAGAAACGCAUUGAAGGCUCUGGGGACCAAAUUGACACCUAUGAGCUGUCGGGAGGAGCUCGGAUCAACCGCAUCUUCCAUGAGCGUUUCCCCUUUGAACUGGUGAAGAUGGAGUUUGAUGAGAAGGAGCUGCGGCGGGAGAUCAGCUACGCCAUCAAGAACAUCCACGGUAUCAGAACCGGUCUCUUCACACCUGACAUGGCCUUUGAGACCAUUGUGAAAAAGCAGGUGAAGAAGAUUAAAGAACCUUGCCUGAAAUGCGUGGACAUGGUCAUUUCGGAGUUAAUCAAUACUGUUAGACAGUGCACCAAGAAGCUCAGCCAGUACCCCCAUCUGCGUGAGGAGAUGGAGAGGAUCGUCACCACCCACAUCCGUGAGAGAGAAGGCAGGACCAAGGAUCAGGUCAUGCUUCUAAUAGACAUUGAGCUGGCUUACAUGAACACAAACCACGAGGAUUUCAUUGGCUUUGCCAAUGCUCAGCAGAGGAGCAGCCAGAUGAGCAAGAAGAAGGCAGCUGGUAACCAGGAUGAGAUCCUGGUGAUCCGGAAAGGCUGGCUCACCAUCAACAACAUUGGGAUCAUGAAGGGUGGCUCCAAGGAGUAUUGGUUUGUCCUGACAGCGGAGAACCUCUCCUGGUACAAGGAUGAUGAGGAGAAGGAGAAGAAGUACAUGUUACCAGUGGAUAACCUGAAACUGCGAGAUGUGGAGAAGGGCUUCAUGUCCAGCAAGCACAUCUUUGCUCUCUUCAACACUGAACAGAGGAAUGUUUACAAGGACUACCGGCAGCUGGAGCUGGCCUGUGAGACCCAGGAGGAGGUGGAUAGCUGGAAGGCUUCCUUCCUUCGUGCAGGAGUCUACCCAGAGCGUGUUGGGGACAAGGACAAAGCCAGUGAAGCAGAGGAGAAUGGAGGAGAUAGUUUCAUGCACUCCAUGGAUCCUCAGCUGGAGAGACAAGUGGAAACUAUCAGGAACCUGGUGGAUUCCUACAUGGCAAUUGUCAACAAAACCAUCAGGGACCUCAUGCCGAAGACAAUCAUGCACCUCAUGAUAAACAAUACCAAGGACUUCAUCCAUUCGGAGCUGCUGGCAAACCUGUACUCCUGCGGCGACCAAAACACGCUGAUGGAGGAGUCGGCGGAGCAGGCCCAGCGACGCGACGAAAUGCUGCGCAUGUACCACGCCCUCAAAGAGGCCCUCAACAUCAUCGGGGACAUCAACACCAGCACCAUCAGCACCCCCAUGCCCCCACCGGUGGACGACUCUUGGCUGCAGGUGCAGAGCGUACCGUCCGGACGCAGGUCUCCCACAUCCAGCCCCACGCCACAGAGGAGAGCUCCUGCAGUGCCCCCCGCCAGACCUGGAUCUCGCGGACCGGCUCCUGGGCCACCUCCUGCUGGUGGGUCCACGCUGGGUGGUGCCCCCCCUGUGCCCUCCAGGCCAGGUGCCUCUCCUGAUCCCUUCGGGCCCCCACCUCAGGUUCCUUCUCGGCCUAAUCGUGCUCCUCCUGGUGUUCCCAGAAUCACUAUCAGUGACCCCUGAGGACUGGCAGCCACGCAGAAGGGGCCCCGCCUCACCUACUCGACCUACCAUAAUCCGACCGGCUGAACCGUCCCUCUUAGAUUUAUAACUUGAGGCUGUAGACAGCUGGCGACGAGUGCCGUGCUGGUGGCUUCCCCAUUCCACCCUCCCUUCCACAGCCACAGUCACUCCUCUCAUCCAUCCCACAUCCCUGCCUCCCACCACCCCUCCCCGGUGUGUCGUAAAACUCUAGCCUAGUGAUUGAGCUCUUCGUCUUCGCUCGUGCGUCCUGUAUUGCUUUGUGAGCGUAGAGUAGCCUUCAUUCAGUGGCAUGGAUCCCUGAAGUACACGGGCUCCUUGGAGAGAUCAGCCACAGGGACGUCCUUAGGUCCAAGCGGUGGCUGUCCAUCCAGUAAUUCCAUCUGCCUGGUCUAGCCUGGAUAAGUGUCCUGCCUGCACCAGUUAGCUGUAGCACCCAGGACUGAGCUGUAGCUGUUUUCUUUUCCUUGUAGUUUAAGACAAAAGCGUGGCUUAGCAAAAAAAAUACGCUGUCAAAACACGUGACACCCGUUAGGAACAGAUUAAAUGUCCUGCGUAUUAGCUUGACUUCUAAGGUGCAAAAAUUUCAUGUUGGGAACAGUGCAAUCAACUUCAUAUCAAAGUGAGGCAGGGAGAUCAGUAAAGGGGGGAAUCAAUGGAUCAGCCCAGUCCUGCCAGAGUGAAGUGUGAGAUAGCGCACACACCUCAGCGUGCAGGGAGCUCACGGCCCUGCUCACACUCGGCUCCUGGAGCCGCGCCAUUCCUACUGGGGACACACUGGCUCCUGCCAGCGGUUGUCUUGCAUCACCAUUUUUGGCUGACUUUCCUGAAGCCAGCAGGGCGAGGGGAAUAGACACGCUGCUCCCCCCUUGCAAAUGGACAGCCAAACGUUUCAGGGAGUUUGCUGUGUGGCGUUCCGUUGAAAAUAUUUCUGCUUUGAACUAAGCACAUCUUUCAGUGUUUUUGGGGUACUGUGGUGAUUUUCUUCCGUAGCCUUUUCUUGCAUGUGGAUGGUACGUGUUUGGGGAAACUUGUAACUGUUGUUGAUCACAGCUCAUCUUAAGGUUUGGUUUUUAUUUUCAUGCUACAUGUACUUAAAAAAAAAAAAAAAAAAAAAAAAAAAAAAAAUCCAA